UCAACUCAACAUCCCAAGAAAUAUGUAACGAAAUUAAUAGAAUACGUGAAACGUCCCAAACUGAAAAUGAGAAAAUUGAAAGAGCUAUAGCAGAUCUUAAUAACAAAAAUGAAGGGAUCGAAAGAAAUAUAUCAAAUCUUAGCACCAACGUUAAUAGAAUACUUGAGACAUUUCAAACUGAAAAUGAAAGAAUUGAAAGAACUACAGUGGAUCUUAAUAACAACAUUAAUAGAAUACUUGAAACAUUCCAAAUUGAAAAUGAAAGAGUUGAAAGAACUAUAUCAAACCUUAGUAACAACAUUAAUAGAAUACAGGAAACAUUUCAAACUGAAAGUGAAAGAGUUGAAAAAACUAUAUCAAACCUUAGUAACAACAUUAAUAUAAUACGGGAAACAUUUCAAACUGAAAAUGAAAGAAAUGAAAGAGCUAUAUCGGAUCUUAGUGACAAAAUUAAUAAAAUACGUGAAGCUCAAGAUUAUUCUAAUGAAGAAACACUCUGGAAUGAAUUUAAAUCCUUAGUUGAUCAAAAACAAGCAAGCGAAGGUCGUCCUCUAAAAAAAAUAUUUGAUGAAAUAGCCUCAAAGAUUAAUCUAUGUUCACGUACUGUUGAUAAUUUUUAUCAUCGUAAUACAAAUCCGCAACAAAGAACAAAGGAUGAAAUUAGAAAAUGGGUUAAUGGAGAAGGAGGAAACAAAAUAUCUCAAGAUAAUUAUAAAUUAUAUGAAGAUUUAUUUCAAAUUAAUAUAAUCAGUAAAGACUUAACGCAAGAAAGUUCUAAUAUAGAAGGAUCAUCUCAAGCAAACCAAGAAAGUCUUAUAUCAAUUUAUAGUCAAUCUCGUGCAGGCUUUGAUACCACAAUCAAUUACAUGAUUCAGCAAUACAGAAAGUUAAAAAAAAUACGUGAAACGUCCCAAACUGAAAAUGAGAAAAUUGAAAGAGCUGUAGCGGAUCUUAGUAACAAUAUUAAUGGAGUACGUGAAACGUUUCAAACUGAAAAUGAAGGGAUCGAAAGAAAUAUAUCACAUCUUGGCAUCAACAUUAAUAGAAUUUGUGAGACAUUUCAAACUGAGAAUGAAAGAAUUGAAAGAGCUAUAGCGGAUCUUAAUAAUAACGUUAAUAGAAUACGUGAAACAUUCCAAAUUGAAAAUGAAAGAGUUGAAAGAACUAUAUCAAACCUUAGUAACAGCAUUAAUAGAAUACGGGAAACAUUUCAAACUGAGAGUGAAAGAGUUGAAAGAACUAUAUCAAACCUUAGUAACAACAUUAAUAUAAUACGGGAAACAUUUCAAACUGAAAAUGAAAAAAUGAAA